GGUUCAAAAAGCACAGUAACAGUACAAUUGUUGACCCUCUUGUUGACUAGUUUUAUUUUAGAACAUAGCCUGCGGACACCUUAGGUAGUCCAUGGGAGCUGCCAGGUGACCCCUGGUUUAAUAAGUCUUUCACUUGUUAGGAACGGGUGUUUGGUGAGAAGAGCCGUUUCCCCGCUCGAGCCCUCUGAGAAAGAACUCCGUGCUUCUCACCAGGGGAACUGUUAGCCCUGAGGUCAUUCUACUUCAAAUAUUGUUCUUCUUAAAGAGCCCCUUAAGACAAAUAUGACAAAGUGUUCAACCUAGGUUUAUUAGUACAGUUUUUCUUUUGAAGUAAAUACGAGGACUAAAAGAAACUAGUUGAGCGACUCAACAUUUGCCUUCUCAAACAUUGGAAAGACCUGCCCAAACAGACACAUGCGCACGCACACACACCUCACAUCAGUCUGUUGAACAGAAAACACAGCAGUUAAUCUCCAACUGUUGAAGAGAGAAGGCAGACGACAGGAGACGAGCCACUUCAAGUUGGAGAGAAUGUGGGACAACAGCUGACCGCAGAGCUGAAGGUGAAGGAGCAUCGUAACCACCAUCAUCAUCAUCAUCAUUGUCAUCAUCAUCAUGUCCAUUAGCGUGAAUUUACGCAGGAUCUUCAACCUACCUGGGCGGUCAGACAGAAAAGUGGAACUCAAUUUUAGAGGUUUUGUCUAUAAAACCAGAGUCCUUCAGUGUGAAAAUUUGGCCAUCUUCAACGAGUAUUUCCGUUGGCCUCACUAUGGUAAAGUGGUCAAAGAUGAGGUUUUUACUGUCAGUGUCUACAACAUCAGUAGAGUCUUCUCAAACAGACUGCUGGGUAAACUUGUUGUCAGUCUACAGCAUGUUGUUACCUCUGGGAGGCUGUUGCUACGGGAACCACUCACCGAUGCCAACUACUGCCUGACUACUAUCUACGUAGAACUAGAUAUAACCUAUCAUCCAGUUGAGGGAAACUGGGAGGAACUGGACUUCCUGAAGGUUGAAGACAAGGAGAAAGACAAAGACGAAUCUGCUGUGGUCAUCCGAAAUGACGCUUUUGAUGACACAGAAAGUCAGAAGAAUAUCUUUCGCCCAAAUGAGCUGGAGAGAGAGGUCCGUCGUCUUGGGCAAAGUUUACUCCUGUCUGGAGAAGAAGACGAGGAUGACAUGAAUGAUGAUUAUGAUGACGACCUGGAAACUUCCAACAUCAUCCUUACUCCUCUGUUGAGCCGGUGCAGACCACUGUCCAGACGGGUUGCUGAAGAGACACCCAGGAUUCAGAGUUUUCAGAUAAACGUAAACAUCCUGGAGGCGCAGAAGCUUGCUGGUGUGAACAUUAACCCGGCAGUUUUUAUCAGGGUGGGAGAUCAGAAAAGACACACAAUGACACAAAAGUCAACAAACUGUCCUUAUUACAGUGAGAACUUCCUGUUUGAGUUUCAGGAGGCUCCACAGGUUCUCUUUGAUAAAGUCAUAGAGAUAAAGGUGUUCCACAGACGGAUUCUGGCCUUCCUCAUGACCCACAUCGGAACAUUUAAAAUUGACAUCAACACCAUUUACAACCAAACAGACCAUCGCUUUUACCAGAAGUGGGCCCCUCUCACGGACCCUGCAGACACCAGGUCAGGGAUUAGGGGUUACGUUAAAGCCACCCUGAGUGUGUUGAUGAAGGGAGAUGCUGUAGACAUGUCCAGUCUGCUGCAGUCACAGUCAUGUUCAUCUGGAGCCAGCGAUGACAUCGAAAGGAACCUUCUGCUCCCUCGAGGUAUGCCCUCAGAGCGUCCGUGGGCUCGAUUCCGCAUCCGUAUAUACAGAGCUGAGGGCCUUCCCACCAUGGAUGAGGGUCUUAUGGCUAAAAUGUCGAGGGUUACAGACAGAACUGUCUUCAUUGACCCUUAUGUGAAAGUGACCUUUGCAGGACAACAAGGGGAAACAUCCGUGGCCAGCGCUACCAGCUGUCCAGUGUGGAAUGAGGAAAUCAACUUCAUCGAACAGUUUCCUCCUCUCGCACAACGGAUCAGGAUCCAGGUGCUUGACGAUGCCAAAAUGGGAGACAUUGCCCUGGCAACACACUUCCUGGAUCUGCUGCAGAUUUCUGAUCCCACCAGGAACGGAUUUAACCCUACUUUUGGUCCAUGCUGGGUGAACUUGUACGGCUCCCCACAGAACUCCACGCUUGGAGACGUCCACCAGGCUUUAAACCAAGGUCUGGGUGAAGGAAUAUUUUAUCGAGGUCGUGUCCUGGUUGCUCUCUGUGUUGAGGUUUACGUGUCACCGUCUGCACCUGUGGUAGAUGCAGCAUCAGCUGGAAAGGGGAAGGGGGCACUGGGUAAGUUGGGACUGAGGAAGAAGAGGACCAGCAAGAAGAAGGAUAAAAAUGAUGCAUCAAUGGCUGACAGUGAAUCGGGGGAGGCAGGGAUUGAGGUCCCGGAGUCUGUUACUGUGGAGACUGAGGAGACACAUCCCCUCCCUGAAGGUUUCCUGGGAGAGUUGGAGGAUUUCCUGUUGUUUGCGUCUAUAUUUGAAAUAACCAUGAUGGAUCCGUCUGUAGGAACAAGACCACUGACCUUUGAACUGUCCAUAGGUAAUUAUGGGAAGGUAGUGAGGAUGAAGAAAUCUAAAAAGAACCAGAGUAGGGAGGAGCUACGGAGGAGCAGGGAGGAUCUGCAGGGUAGCAGGGAUGACCUGAGCGAGGAGACACAGAAUCUGCUAGACUCAGAAGAGGAGCUGGACCGAGAGGAGGUUCAGGAACAGGAACCAGAGAUGAGAUCAGUGUCUGAUCCCAUGAGACCGGAGCCCACUGAGUAUGACAGGUCCUAUCAGUGUGUCCCCCUCCAGCCCCCCUCUGUGAAACAGAAGCCCUGUCUGUUCAUCUGGACUCAGUAUGAAGAUCACAGUUUUCGUUUCUAUCAGACGAACUGGCUCAGCAAGAUGGCAGACCGGCUGGAGAUGGGUCUGGACGAUGUAGAACGUCUCCUGAGAAGACCGAGGAGUAAUGCCAAGGAGCGCCUGGUGGAGGUGCUGCUCGGCCUAGUAGCCUCCUGCAGGCAGUUUAGUGUGUUUGGAGAACGAAGGUCUCAGUUUCGACCCAACCAUCUGGACAAAUGCAGAAGGGGUUUUAUAAAGAAGAACCUGAUCCUCCUGGCUAGACAAGCUGUGAGAGCCAAGCGCAGGAUAACUAGGAAGAACACUAAACAGCGUUUAAUGGACAGCAGAAAACUCCUGAAGAAACUUCGCUUCCUGUCUAAAGAGCCCCAGAGCACCAUCCCAGAUGUGUUCCUGUGGUUGCUGAGAGGAACCAAGAGAUUGGCUUACAUCAGGAUUCCAUCCCACUCCAUCUUCUAUGCACUGGUGGAGGAGCAAAAGGGGCGGGACUGUGGUCGGGUCACCACCUUCUACAUGAAGUCUCCAGGAAGUUCAUCAAGUGAGAUCUUUGCAAAGCUGGAGGUCUACUUAUGGUUCGGCCCUUCCAAAUACAGUAAAGAGGCCACUGGCUCCCUGCCACAGGAGUUCCUGCCCAUCUAUGCGGAGGAAGAUGAAGAUGAGCAGAAGAAUGCCCAGGGAGAUGGAAAAAGGAAGCUUCCCAUUUGUCUGUCCUGUCAGGACAGCAGGUACUUCCAGUUACGAUGUCACAUGUACCAGGCCCGAGGUCUGAUUGCAGCAGAUGACAACGGCCUAUCAGAUCCUUUUGCUAAAGUUAUCUUCUCCACCCAGUGUCAGGUCACCAGGCUGUUGAAUCAAACGCUGUCUCCAGCCUGGUGUGAGUGUCUGCUGUUUGACAGAGUCCUGCUGGAAGGAACAAGGGAGGAGCUUGAAGGAGACCCGCCCCUCAUCAUCAUCAACAUCUUUGACCAUGAUGCAGUGGGCAGUCCAAAGUCUUUGGGUCGGGCCUAUGCUUACCCAGAGUUCAAACCUGUGGAACUUUUCUACAAGAAGCCCUCUCUACGCUUCUUUGACAUCAGCAAAGGCCGAGCUGCCACUGGAGAACUGUUGGCUGCCUUUGAGCUUAUUGAGCUGGACUACUCCUGCUUUGGAGAACCCGGUCUUCCAAAAACUGUGGACCCUCAGGAACUGACCCUCAAGGAGGAUGAGAGAUAUUACAACAUUCCAGAAGGAGUCCGCCCAGUUCUGAAGACCUUCAGGAUCGAGGUGCUGUUCUGGGGUCUUCGGGAACUGAAGAGGGUGCAGCUGUUUGAGGUGGAGCGCCCCCUAGUGAGGGUUGAGUGUGCAGGUCAUCGGCUGGAGUCUGAGGAGAUCGAAAGCUACAAAGAUCAUCCAAAUUUUAAAGAGCUGGUCCGCUACAUCGACGUGAAACUUCCAGAACAGGCCUACCUUCAUCCUCCUCUUACUUUGUUUGUGGUUGAACAUCGUGCUUUUGGUCGCAUUGCUUUGGUUGGGUCUAAUGUGGUUCAAAGUCUCAUGGAUUACGCCCCACCUGAACUGGGAGGGGGCUUAGAGGAAGAAGAUGAGGAGGAGCCUAAACCAAGAGUUCCUUUGGUAAAGCUGGACCCACCAAAGGCCAACUCUUUAGGAGCCAUAAAGAGAAUUGGACUCAGUACCAUGACUUUCAAACAGUCAAAGAUUCCCAUCAACCCUCUGCAGCUGUCUCCUUUUAAGAGGCUGAAGAAAAAAGAGGAGGAGCUGGAAGAGGAGGUGCCAGAGAAGGAGGAGUUGGACUGGUGGUCCAAGUACUACGCUUCACUGUAUGAGCUGGAAAAAGAGGCUGCCAAAAAGGCAGAGAUGGAGGAACAAACAGAUGCAGAUGCAGCACACAUGUCCAUGACUAACAUUGAAGAUGAAGAGGAGGAGGUUGUGGUGAUUGACAUCGAGCCUCCAAAACGAAAGCCGAUUGCUACGCUGAAGCUGUAUGCACGUGAUCUGGAGAUGGAGUACAAGCAGUUUCAAGACUGGCUGAAAAUCUUUCCACUGUACAAAGGAAAGGCGCUGGGUGAAGACGAGGAUGAGGAUGAAGAGGACAGAUGGAUGGGAAAGUUUAAGGGAUCAUUCCUGAUUUAUCCCAUUAAUCCAGAAGACACAGAUGAAACCAAGUGUCAGAUCACUGAAGGAAUCCCCAAGAAUUCCCCAAUUAAAGUUUUGGUGCGAGUCUACAUCAUUAAGGCCACCAACCUGGCUCCCACUGACCCCAAUGGAAAAGCUGAUCCCUACCUGGUUUUAAAAGUUGGACCACAGAGCCAGAACACCAAGGACCGAUACAUCCCUAAACAGCUCAAUCCAGUGUUUGGAGAAGUCUUUGAAUUCACUGUGUCCUUCCCACUGGAGACAGACCUGUUGAUCAAGGUCAUGGACCACGAUCUUGUGGGCUCUGACGAUGCCAUUGGUGAAACACAGGUGGACCUGGAGAAUCGCUUCUACAGUCGACACAGAGCCUCCUGUGGCCUGGCUCUUUACUACGACACUGAUGGUUACAACAUAUGGCGUGAUGCCAAAAAGCCGACCACUAUCUUAGGCGAGUUCUGCAGGGAGAACAGCAUCCCGGCUCCAGAGUACAGAACACAAGAGGUUAAAGUCCUCAACAAGAUCUUCAAAAUCCCACCCGACGCCAUUCCUGAAGCUCUGCUGAAAAAGAACGAGCUCACGCCAGAGGAGGAGGAAGAGAUGGAGGAACAUGCAGCUCUGAGUGUGCUUCAUCGCUGGGUGGAGAUGAAGGAGUUCCUCCCUAGUGCCCUCCCUCUUGUUCCAGAACAUGUGGAGGUCCGGUCCUUACAGAACCAGGACAAACCUGGAAUGCCACAGGGUUACCUUCAUAUGUGGGUGGACAUGUUUCCCACUGAUGUUCCAGCUCCGCCCCCUGUUGAUAUAAAGCUGCGUAAACCUGAGCAGUACGAGCUGCGGGUGAUCAUCUGGAACACAGACGAUGUUUUUCUGGAAGACAUCAACCCGUUCACUGGUGACCCGUCCUCCGACAUCUAUGUCAAAGGAUGGAUUAAAGGACUGGAAAAAGACAAACAGGAGACCGACGUUCACUUCAACUCUCUGACUGGAGAAGGAAACUUCAACUGGAGGUUUCUGUUUCGUUUUGACUACCUUCCUACUGAGAAAGAGGUGGUUUAUAAGAAGAAGGAGUCUUUCUUCUCUCUGGAUGAGUCAGAGUUUCGACAGCCAGCUGUUCUGGUCCUGCAGGUGUGGGACUAUGAUCGAAUUUUAUCCAACGACUUCCUUGGCUCCGUUGAGCUGCGUCUCAAUGACAUGGUGCGACCAGCAAAGUCGUCAGGUCUGUGCAAAAUUGAUUUGGCCAAGGAUCGAGCCAUGCCGCGAUUCUCCAUCUUUCGUUCCAAGAAGAUGAAAGGCUGGUGGCCGCUGACCCGCCAGAAGACGGCCAAGGACUAUGAGAGGGAGGAGAAGGAGAAAAAGGACAAGAAGAAGAAGAAGAAGAGCAAAGACAGAAGGAGCAGGAUGAAGGAGGAGGAACUGCAGUUCACCGACAGCAGUGGCAACACUUUUCUGUUGAUGGGGAAGGUGGAGGCUGAACUUCAGUUGGUGACGUUGGAGCAGGCGGAGGCCAACCCUGUGGGCCGGAAACGCAAGGAGCCAGAACCUCUGGACAAACCAAAUCGUCCGACCACCAACUUCAACUGGUUCAUUAACCCCAUGAAGACCUUUAUCUUCCUCAUCUGGAGGAAGUUCAAGAAGUUCAUCAUCGCUCUGAUUAUCCUGGGUGUCCUCACAGUCUUCCUGGUCCUCAUUAUCUACACUUUGCCUCAGCAAAUCUCUUCACUCAUUAUCAAUGGGUGAAGAAACCUGAGUGCAACGGAUGCCGACAUACAACAGCGCGUCAUCAAUCGUACUCCUGCGCCUGUUUUUGUCGGACUGGGUUUGUGAAAAGGAGAAUUUCCAGUAAUUCAAAAAACCGAACACCAUCAUAGACUGCACUACAAUAUUUGUUCACCUUUCAGCUUCAUCAUAUGUACAUAUGAACACUGUUUAGUGUGGUUUACUGUAUAAUUGUUUUGUACAAAUGUCUGUCUCAUUUUACUGAGUCAGCACUUUUAAAUGAAAAUCAGA